AUGGAUCCUCGUAGCCAUGGAGAUCACUCUAGCUUUUCGGAGUAUUUACACCAAUCGCUGAGCAUUGCUUCUGAGCGAUCCACGAUCCCACCGACCUCAAAGAGACGUCGUUCACCCAACGCGUUUAUCCUCUUUCGGUCUCACCUCAUCGCAACCGGGAAGGUUCCUCCAGAUAUAGUUCACCAGAAUGACGUAUCGCGCUACGCUGCGGAAGUAUGGAAGUUGAAGUUGACUCCAUCUGAGCGUGCGGUAUUCUUCAAGAAGGCGCAAGAGGAGAAGGUCCGGUUUGACAUCGAGGGGCCCAAGACGCCUGCAAAGAAGAGGAGAAGCAGGGCGAAAAAGACAUGCCAACCGAGCCCAUCAAUGUCGACCGCACAUCCUCGCCGUCCACCUAGUCCUACUUCCCCCUUGGACACUCCGUUCGAUUCAACGGACACGUUCUCCUCACCCUCGAAUAUUUCGCAUCUGUCACCGCAGAGCUGUUCUUCACUGAUCAUUUACCCUAUUCCACCAGUCGGUGAUGCAUCACUCCCGUUCUCUGCACCACAGGCAACGCAUACUAUUCCUCCCAGCUUAUUCAACUGGGAUUUCCCGGUAGACAAUACUUCCAUGUGCGUGGACGAACAAUGGUCGCCUAUGUCCUUCAACAUUGAAUCAACUGCAGCCGCCUCCAGUGCUGCUUACUACUUCGAUAGUAAUAUGCCUCUCACGGAUCUGGAUUUCAAUGCCCUACAUCUGGACUUUAGUUUUACUAUAUCGGACCUGGAUUUAUCAUUUCUCGAAUCUGCGCCUUCAUAUCUUCUUCCCUCGUCAUUCGUGAAUCACUUCUAAAACCUCGCUCUUGACUUCCCCUGUCUGAAUCGCUGGAGCUUCCCAUUUCAUGUGCUUAUCACUGUUCCCUUCUUGAUAAUUAGUAUAUUGUCUUCCAAACCUCCGAACACUUUGGAGAAUACCCCUCCAUUUGAAAACUUUUCAAUCUGUUGCCUGUUUGAUCCUAUUCCAAUCAACUACACUUCAUGCUCGUUUUAUUCGGUUUCGAUGGUAUAAUUCUGGAUUAUGAAAUCUGC